AUGAUUUGCGUCCGCUGGCUUCCUGGAGGGGACUAUGCCUCUCGCCCCCCUGAGCUCCUUCCUCCCGCUCCGGCUGCCCUGUGCGUAAUUGCGCGCGGAGGCUCGGCAGGUGAUGGUCCUAUAACUAUGCGAGUCAUGCUUCAGGGCGAAGGCCAGGGCGAACCGGCGCGGGAAGGGUUAACUCCGAAGGGUGCAGAGCCUGGGAAGGACGCGCAGCCCAGCCGGGUAAGCCGGAGAGGAGGGCGAAGGGUGCAGGCAGUGGCCUCAGCCAGGACUAGCAGCUUGACCAAUUUGGAGAGGUGGCUUUUCUUGCGCGUGACUGCGCGGAGCGCUGCGAGGCUGGCUGAGCGCCCUCACAGUCGGUUCCAAGAGGGUUUCUAUAUUUGAGCAUUUUAAAGGGGGUGGGAGGCGCUCCCGGGCCGUUUGCCUGCCAAAAGUCUAAGCCAGACAAGCCGGCGAUGGUGGCGCUUGACUUGCAGAGGCGGCACGGAGAGAUCCUUUGGCAAGGAGGAAGCGGCCGGGAGCAGAAUUUACCUAUGCGCGUUUGCAAUUCUCUCUUUAAUUCCGCGGGCUAUGCAAAGUAAAACGCGAGGGAGGCAAGGGGAUGCAGACAUAUAGACCCGAGCACCAGACCCCACGCAACUCGGUGGCUUUGCAUGCGAAAAAGCUCUUGUCAUCUCCACUUACAAGGAUUUCAGGUGGUAUCUGCGGAACUCGCUGCAGCAGGGGGCAGCAAGGGCCACCGACACGGAUGGCUUUAAGAGAGGAUUGGACAGAUUCAUGGAGAAUGGUACCUACGGGACCGCCUCUCCUGGUAUCCCCCGCGGAGGACCUUAAGGUCCACAAAUGACAACACUUUGGAGAUCCCAAGUCGCAAGGUGGUUAGAUUGGUCUCAACUAGGGCCAGGGCCUUUUCAGUACUGGCCCCGACUUGGUGGAAUGCUCUGUCACAAGAGACCAGGGCCCUGUGGGACCUGACAUCUUUCCGCAGAGCCUGCAAGACAGAGCUGUUCCGCCUGGCCUUUGGUUUGGACUCAGUCUGACCCUUAUGUUUCCCUCCCCUUAUGGUUUUGAUUUAUGGGCUACUUUUAAAAUGAGGCUGCAUUUUAAAUUGCAUUUUAACCUGUAUUUUAAAUUGGGUCCCGCCCCAUUAUGCUUUUACUGUAAUUUUACUGGUGUUAGCUGCCCUGAGCCCAGCUCUGGCCGGGGAGGGCGGGGUAUAAAUAAAAUUUAUUAUUAUUAUUAUUAUUAUUAAGGCUCCUUGUUCUGCCUCCACAUCUGGAGACACCAAUGUUUCCAAAUACCGAUUUCUGGAAACCACAGGAGUGGAGAGUUGCUGUUGCAUUUGGGUCCUGAGUUCAGGUUUCCCUUUGGGACAUUUGAUUGGCCGCUCUGAGAACAGGAUACUGGGCGAGAUGGGCCUCUGGUCUGAUCCAAAAGCCUCUUAUGUUUUUAUGUGGUGGGAAAGUGUACUAUUUAGAUAGCCUGACCUACCUCACAGGGUUGUGGUGAGGAAUGCAGAGGAGGAGAACCGCGCAUCCACCUUGAGCUCCCCUGGAGGAAAAAAGUCAGGGUAUAAAUGUAACAAUAAUAAAAAUAAAUCAGUCCGGUGUUAGUACGUUGAGGGCUGCAUCUGAGACAUGUUGCUCUUAUCACUGACAGGUCUUGAUGCUGAAAGUGGAAGUAGCCCUAAGGGAGACUGUGCUUCUGAGCAUGUGCAGAGUGCUGUUCCUCAUGGGGGCAGUGCAAGUGCCUGCAGUAGCCCAGGGUCAAGCCAGGCUCAAGAUCAGGGGUCAGCACCCUUUUCCAGCCGUGGGCCGGUCCACCGUCCCUCAGACCAUGUGGGGGGCCGGACUAUAUUUUGGAAAAAAAUAUGAACGAAUUCCUAUGCCCCACAAAUAACCCAGAGAUACAUUUUAAAUAAAAUGACACAUUCUACUCAUGUAGAAACACGCUGAUUCCCAGACCGUCUACGGGCCAGAUUGAGAAAGCGAUUGGGCCACAUUUGGUCCCUGGGCCUUAGGUUGCCUACCCCUGCUCAAGAUGUUUUGCUGCCUGAGGCAAAGGACGCAAGAUGCCCAUUUUAUGGGCGUAAGCCGGCCAGACUGAAGAUAUAGCCUCAUGGCAACGCUGGCAACACAGCUAACCCCUUAAGGGAGCCAGGCUAACUUAGAGGGCUCAGGGCAGAACUCUACCCUUUAGCACCAGAAAUGGGGAAGCUUUUUCAGGCUGGGGCCCGCAUUGCCUUCUAACCAACGUUCCAGGGGCCACAUGUCAGAGGUGAUCUGGGCCGGAUUUAGGUUUGAUGAGACCCUAAGCUCCUGAAGGUAAUGGGACCCUUCAUAUGUCCAGCUGUCCUUUGUCAACAACAAAUUGUCACUGUUUUUUGUGUUGAAUAUAUGCUCUCUGGUAAUCGAUGGAGCUAUCAGGUAUCUGAAGCCAUUUGCACAUAACAAAAUAUGUAUUUUAUCAAAGUAAUUGUUCGACUGAAAUACAAUAAAAAAGAAGUAUUAAUAGUGAAAUACAAUUAAGAAGUAUAUUGAUAGUGAAAUAAUUAUUAAGCUCUAACUUAAAAUGAUUUUUUUUUUAUUCAUAACAAACUUAAUAAUGCAAACACAUUGGCAUUUGGCAAUAACAAAAGUUCCUUUAGAAACACAAUUUACCAAGACUCAUAAUCUAAUCUCUAGAAACUUGCUAUAACAUGAAAUAAUAACUUGCUAUAACAUGAAAUAAUGUAGGUUUUAUUUUAUUUGUUUUUUAUCUUAUAUUUUGGAAAUGUACAUCCAGGUGUUUUUUUCCCCUUUAAUUUUUGGGGGGCCCCCCAAGAGAGUGGGGCCCUAAGCUGUAGCUUGUUUAAAGGUAAAGGGACCCCUGACCAUUAGGUCCAGUCGUGGCAGACUCUGGGGUUGCGGCGCUUAUCUUGCUUUAUUGGCCGAGGGAGCCGGCGUACAGCUUCUGGGUCAUGUGGCGAACCAGAGCAGCGCACGGAAACGUCGUUUACCUUCUCGCCAGAGUGGUACCUAUUUAUCUACUUCCACUUUGACGUUCUUUUGAACUGCUAGGUUGGCAGGAGCAGGGACCAAGCAACGGGAGCUCAACCCGUCGCGGGGAUUCGAACCGCCGACCUUCUGAUCGGCAAGUCCUAGGCCCUGUGGUUUAACCCACAGCACCACCCGCGUCCUGUAGCUUGUUUAGCUUAUACAUAAAUCCGGCACUGAAAGUGAGCAGGGGCCAGGAACAAAAGUGGAGUGGGCAACAAAUGUAGGCUAGUUUCUACCCACAUUUGCACACUCCUCUCUCCAUCCUUCCCCCAGGAAAAUAAGAGGAAUUGUCAGAGUUCCAGGGCACCUUCCAGCUGUGCAGAAACACUCAAGGAAGGUGAAAAACAGCAGCAAUGAUGGGCAGAGGCUGUGCUAUCGUCAGGCCAACUAGGCAUCCGCCUCGGGCACAGACCUCCGAGGGGUGGGCACAGUUUCAUACAGGUUAGUUUUUGUUUUACCAAUCCUGUGAACUUAACAGCAGCAGCACGAAGACUUCCAAAGUCCAUGCUGCCGCUGUGCUAGGAAAACCUCUCUUCGUGCCACGACAAAAGCUCCUGGAUAAAGUGCCAGAUGUUUCUGUUGCCCUAAGGAGCCUCCGCGCACUUCCAGCAUCAGUGGCGAGUGGGGAACGCAAAGCUCGAGCUUGCAGAACUGGCUUACGUUUAAGAAUGUUGCAAGGGGGACUGGUCGGUUUGGCAAAUCUAUCAGCUGAGCAUGUGCCCAAGCCGCCUGCGCUUGACCCGAAGGAGCUGGUGAUGACAAAGUUUGCCAAGGAAAAGGCACACAAAGUGAGAUUGUGAUCUGCAUGAAAUGGAAACAUGUAACAUCGCAAUUCACAAGAUUAUUCAAAAUGGUUUGUGCCCCCAAGCGUUUUCUUUUGUAUUUGAGGAAGGUGCUCAAAGAUGGUUGCAUUAUGCUUAUCCUUGCACUCUAAAAUAAAUUUAGCGCUUUCAGGUUUUGUGCUUUUGAUUUUUCAACUGCUUCUGAAAAUUGAAGCUAGCAAUUUUGGGGGUGGGUUGCAAGUACAGUGGUACCUCGGGUUAAGUACUUAAUUCGUUCCGGAGGUCCGUUCUUAACCUGAAACUGUUCUUAACUUGAAGCACCACUUUAGCUAAUGGGGCCUCCUGCUGCUUUCAUGCUGCCGGAGCACGAUUUCUGUUCUCAUCCUGAAACAAAGUUCUUAAUCUGAGGUACUAUUUCUCAGUUAGCAGAGUGUGUAACCUGAAGCAUCUGUAACCCGAGGUACCACUGUAGUUAGCCGUGCCUUGGGUGCAAAAUAGCCUGGUGAUAGGUGCAGCCUGGAGAGAGUGCUGAAGGCCAGGUAGAGAGGCCUGAUUUUCCUCUCACCUGCUCUAACACCUUCCCACUGCUUUGCCCCCUCUGCCCUAAAUCUGCCACCUGAGGCCAUUGCCUCCCUCUGCCUCGUGGUAGGACUGCUUUGGCGCUUCCCAUAAUGUGCAAGUUGUUGAUCACUGUGAGGACAGGAUGCUGGACUAGCCAGGCCAUAAUGCCUGCUGGCCCCACCUUCCUCCCCACACCUCCAAGAUUUCAUGUGCACUCAAGACUUUGCCUUCCUGCAUCCACCGACAACAGGCUCAGUCUGCAACGUGCUUUCAUUUUCGGAAAUCGGAAUGAAACCCAUUUAUCAAGAAGCACUUUUCAUGGACUAAAAAUACGCAGCAGUUCUAGAUUGUGUGAGGACUACGCAGGGGAAAAGAAAACAAGCACUCCAUUGACUCUGGAACAAAAUAUACGUGUGCUGCCAUAAUACUAGGGGAUGAGCAAUGCCAGAAGCAGGCGAUGUUGCUCUCAGACAGUGCGUGGAAGCAAAGAGCUGGCCAAGCCUUUCCCAGGUGCCACGGCCUAUGCCCUGCUUGGACAAGUGCCCAGGGGAACUUCAGGGUGCCGGCCAAGUAGGUGAAGUUUGGUAAAGCAUUAAUGAACGUGCCCAGGUCCCUGGCUGUGUCGUCAUCGCCUUCUGUUGUUGCCACAAUGAAUCACAGCGCUCGUUCCUUCCAGAAAUGUGUCUGCAGUCCCCCAGCGAGGGUGCCUCUGAUUGGCCUAAUUACUUCCUGCCGUUAGGACAGGGUAACAGAGUCAGUGCAAGAAAUUUGGGCACCAGAGGAGAUCUCCAAAAUGGCAUGUCCUCCCACCAGGGAAGAUGGGGUGAGUGGAGAUGUACAUCAGGAACCAGGGAAGAAUUGAUCAAAUUAACCUUACCUGACACUUGAAGUGGGAAUCAAAGGCCAUUUGGGGAGGUGGGGGCUCUGCUUUGAAUCACACUGGGAGGGUGCAAAGCCCAGGAGGCCUUAGAAGUCAGCCCUUUCAAUAUCCUCCCUGGGGUGGCAGGAGACUGGUUGUUGUUGUUUAGCCGUUUAGUUGUGUCCGCCUCUUCGUGACCCCCUGGACCAGAGCAGGCCAGGCACUCCUGUCUUCCACUGCCUCCCGCAGUUUGGUCAAACUCAUGCUGGUAGCUUCAAGAACACUGUCCAACCAUCUCGUCCUCUGACGUCCCCUUCUCCUUGUGCCCUCCAUCUUUCCCAACAUCAGGGUCUUUUCCAAGGAGUCUUCUCUUCUCAUGAUGUGGCCAAAGUCUUGGAGCAUCAGCUUCAGGAUCUGUCCUUCCCGUGAGCACUCGGGGCUGGUUUCCUUCAGAAUGGAUAGGUUUGAUCUUCUUGCAGUCCAUGGGACUCUCCAGAGUCUCCUCCAGCACCAGAAUUCAAAAGCAUCUAUUCUUUGGCGAUCAGCCUUCUUUAUGGUCCAGCUCUCACUUCCACACAUCACUACUGGGAAAACCAUAGAUUUAACUAUACGGGUAGCGCCCUCUAUUUGCUGAGAGGCUUCUGUUGGGGUGGGGUGGGGGCUGCCGAAGUGACAGAUUUAGCCCCCAAGGAGUGUGCCGCAGCCAUUGCUGUUACUGCAGCUGCAGCCGGCGACACAUUCCUUGGAGGCCAGAUAUGCUGCCCCUAUAGAUCCUGCCGCCCGAGGCAGUCGCCUUACCUUGCCUCACAGGUGGGCCGGCCCUGAUAGGUAAUCAAGAUGAGGACCAAGAGGCAGUGUCCGGCUACGAGCCUCAGUCAGUUAAAAGCUCUUUGGAACCAAGAGGCUGUUAAAGGAAGGUGCCAAGUGGUCCUUUCCGGUCAAUGCCCUCCCUUCCGUCCCACAGGGUUCCUGAGCUGGGCGGCCACCACUGAGAAGACUCUGGAUGGAGCAGCCAUCUUCUGGAGUGCUCUGGAUGUUUUGGGACUACAGCUCCCAUCAGCCCCUGCCAGCAGAGCCAGGCUCUAGCUAGCCACAGCAUCACAUGGCUGGUGCUGAUGGGAGUUGUAGUCCAAAAUAUUUGGGGCGUCUCACGAUAGGGAAGGAAGCACUGGUUUUGGAGUCAAAGAGAUAAACAACUACCUGACAUUUAGAAGACAUCUGAAGGCAGCCCUGUUCAGGGAAGUUUUUAAUGUGUGAUAUUUUAAUGUAUUUUUAAUCUUUGUUGGAAGCUGCCCAGAGUGGCUGGGGAGACCCAGCCAGAUGGGUGGGGUACAAAUAAUAAAAAUAAUAUUAUUAUUCAGAUAGCAGGACCACUUUGAAGGGAGCCUUCUUAGUGGAGGGGUUAUUGUUUGUUGUUGUUUUUACUGUGUUAUGUUCUUAUAUUGUAAAACACCCUGCGAUCCUCGAAGGAAGGGCAAUAUAGACAUUUGACAACAACAGCAACUGAACUGCAGGCACAAUAGGGCUGUUCUGUUCUGCAGCCCUCUGUGAAAAUAUGUGCUUCUAAAAUUAUCUGCAGCCACUUUCCAGCUGCCGACACCCGAUCCAUCGCAAGCAGCUUGUGAAAUUUCUCCCCAUCUCCUCCCCACCCCUGUUUCUGCUGCUAUUAUCCCUCCAGUCCAAGGAGCUGAGGUUGGCAGGCACAUUGUAUAUGUAUAUGUAUAUGUAUAUGUAUAUGUAUAUGUAUAUGUAUAUGUAUAUGUAUAUGUACAGUCAUACCUCAGGUUGAAGUUGCUUCAGGCUGAGUGCUUUUGGGUUGCGCUCCACGGCGACAUGGAAGUACCGGAAAGGGUUACUUCCGGGUUUCGCCACUCGCGCAUGCGCAGACAGUCAAAAAGACAUCAUGUGCAUGCACGGAAGCGGUGAAUCGUGACCCGUGCAUGCGCAGACGUGGGUUGCAUUUGCUUCUGGAUGUGAACGGGGCUCCGGAACGGAUCCCGUUCGUAUCCAGAGGUACCACUGUAUAUGUAUACAGUGGUACCUCUGGUUGUGAACGGGAUCCGUUCCAGAGUCCCGUUCGCGACAUGAGCAGAACGCAACCUGCGUCUGCGCGGGUCAUGAUUCGCUGUGUCUGCACAUGCGCAUGACAUCAUUUUGAGUAUCUGUGCAUGCGCGAGUGGCGAAACCCAGAAGUAACCCUUUCCGGUACUUCCAGGUUGCCGUGGGACAAAACCUGAAAAAACCUAUCAUGAAGCAAACUCAACACGAGGUAUGACUGUAUGUAUAUGUAUAUUCGGUUUCCUUUCACAACGCCCCUGCAAGGGAGAGUGCAGGAUGAGGGAGGUUUCCACACUACAGUUCAUGGCUGGCUCUCUCCAGCCUGGGUUGAGGGCUGCUCGCCAGGCGAGGGCAGAGCCAGAAUUAAGAACAGGUGGAGACGUUGGCAAAAGUAUCUUGAAUUAACUAAUCCAGAAUAAAGACUGCCCUGCGUCCAUUUUUGCCAUGGUCACCUCAGAUUAAAAUUCCCAAACUUUGGCAAGUCUACUCAGGGGUAAGCGGUUCUGCUGAGAAAGCCAUCGUCCAGAACCCCACCUCGCAAGAUAAGAUGGCCUUGGCUGUUGAAUGAGCCUUCACUCUGAUUUUUUUGCAGGAAAGUAAGAAGGUGUUGUCAAAGCAAGUGUGAUCCCACACUCUCCAGUACAUUUCCCUGUGAUUUAUUACCAAAAAAACCAACCACCUGAUCUUUUUGGGGAACUGGGUUUGUUGUGCAAGAGCUCCCAAUGCACUAUAAUUGCACAACCUGAAUUUGUUGUUAUGGGAUCGAACCCUGCCCUCAAACAGCGGCAGCUGGGGCAGGCUUUCAGUUUGAAGUGGUAACUCAAAAAGGACUAAAAUCUUGCUUUUGCUUUAUUUUUAAAGAAAGGUGCUUUCCGAGAGCAAUAUUCUAUUCUUUAUGUGCGUGGGAUCUUGAAACAUUUGAAGUCCUGUUUUCUCUUUCUCAUCUUCUCUCUCUCUCUGUCUCUCACACACCACUGCUGCCUGGAAAGUUGUGAUUAUGCCCAAUUUACAGCUGGGGAAUUGAGGUCAAGAAAGGUGAUUGAAGAGUCCUUGAGUAAGCUUGCUUUCCUCAACCACAUAUUCUCUUCUGGUUCUUUGUUAUCCACCGCAAAAACUUCCAUCGCCUCUUUUGAACACCGGCCAGACUCUGGACUUUGGAUGUUGUUGUGACUUGAGAGAGGUCAUGUCAGUUCGACACCCUGUUCAGAAAUUGUAUUUUAGGCCUAUCAGGAAGUACCAAAACUCCACUCAGUGUCAAAGGAAGAGGCAGCAGAUCAGGAGAGAGAGAGAGAGAGAGAGAGCUUUCUGUGGGUCUGCCAAAUCCCUGAUCUUGCAUAAGAUGAACAUAGCAAUUCCUUGGUCAACACACUAAGAAGCUCGUGUUUAGAGAGGAAUUUAACCCCCCUUUGACAGUGGGAUCAAGGCAACCCGAUAGGAUUUUGCACUGUGGAAACUCCCUGCUGUUUGAAUAUAGGGCUGGAUGCAGGCCAGAUUAGAGAGUUGUAGAGAAACUGCAGAGGGACGCGGGUGGCGCUGCGGGUUAAACCACAGAGCCUAGGGCUUGCCGAUCAGAAGGUCGGCGGUUCGAAUCCCUGCGACGGGGUGAGCGCCCAUUGCUCGGUCCCUGCUCCUGCCAACCUAGCAGUUCGAAAGCACGUCAAAGUGCAAGUAGAUAAAUAGGUACCGCUCCAGCAGGAAGGUAAACGGCGUUUCCGUGCGCUGCUCUGGUUCGCCAGAAGCGGCUUAGUCAUGUUGGCCACAUCACCCGGAAGCUGUACGCCGGCUCCCUCGGCCAAUAAAGCGACAUGAGCGCCGCAACCCCAGAGUCAGCCACGACUGGACCUCAUGGUCAGGGGUCCCUUCACCUUUACCUGCAGAGAAACUGCAGAAGGGAUUUUCAUAUCCAGCAUCUCUACAGACCCUCCCAUGUCAGAGGCAAUAGGCACUGGGAGGUUGUGAGGUUGUGCAGCCAUCCAGCUGGGGGUGAUGGCACCUGUAGCCCCAAACACAUGAAGGGUGCAAAGUCUGCUAUAUAUUAGACCACUUGUCCAUCUAGCUCAGCAUACUCUACUUUGACUGGCAGAAGCUCCCAGAAUUCUUUGGGUGCUUUACAUGCAGGAUAAUAAUAAUAAUAAUAAUAAUAAUAAUAAUAAUAAUAAUAAUUUUUAUCCCCCGCAAUCCCCGGCCAAAGCCGGGCUCAGGGCGGCUAACACCAAUAAAAUUACAAUAAAAACAUAAUAGAAAAUAAAUAAAUAAAGCAAUUUAAAAUACAGGUUAAACAAUUUAAAAUGCAGCCUCAUUUUAAAAGUAGCUGAUAAAUCAAGACCAUAAGGGGAGGGAAAUGUAAGGGUCAGACUGAGUCCAAACCAAAGGCCAGGCGGAACAGCUCUGUCUUGCAGGCCCUGCAGGAAGAUGUCAAGUCCCACAGGGCCCUAGUCUCUUGUGACAGAGCGUUCCACCAAGUCGGGGCCAGUGCUGAAAAGGCCCUGGCCCUAGUUGAGACCAAUCGAACCACCUUGUGACUUGGGACCUCCAAGGUGUUGUCAUUUGUGGACCUUAAGGUCCUCCGCGGGGCAUACCAGGAGAGGCGGUCCCGCAGGUACGAGGGUCCUAGGCCGCACAGGGCUUUAAAGAUGAAACCUUUCUUCAAAGUGUGAAAAGCCAGAUAUGCUGUGUUUUGGGGGAAGGCUCUCCUGGGCAUUUUGCAGAGCGGGGCCCUUGACCUAUGCCCCAAAGUCCUCCCUCGAGUGCGCCACUUCGACAGGGGUGCGAUGCUCCCCUCAUGCCCAACUGAAUUUCCCAGAGGCCUCCAGUUCACCACUGCCAGAUGCUCACCAAAGUGAACACCUUCUGAUCUACCAGGGCUGCUCUUUAACAUUUUCUUAUAUUUGCAUUAGAGAAGACAGGAUUUGCUACCUUUGCAGGGUGUGUGUGUGUUCAAGAGAUGCUCUCCUCACCUGCUAGGAUCUCAUUCCCAGGUGAAACCAGCCUUGCCUCUCCACCGGAAGGUUUGCUAUGCGCUUGGAGGCGCCCCUUACCAGCUCACAGGAAACGCAGUUGGGUUUUUCCUCCAGAUCUUCUUGCUGGAUGUCGUGCAGGUGAGCUCCAUCCUGGCACUCAGCUACAUUCGUCAAAAAACAGUGAUCUGAAUGAGUUAUAAACAUGCAACACCAGGUGGCGCCAGACAGCACAAAACUUUUCCAUAGCGUUUUUCCAUAGGGUUUUUUUUUCUUUUGUUAUAAAGAUUUGAUUUCUGACUUAUUUAUAGCGUUUUUCCCCCUGUGUGCAGAUCCACCCCUGGUUUGUUUGCAGGGAGAUGAAAUGCUGUUUUCUUAAUAUGAUGAUGAUGAUGAUGAUGAUGAUAAUUUUUUUAUAUCCCGCCCUCCCCAGCCAAAGCCGGGCUCAGAGCGGCUAACAACAGUAAAAUAAUACAGCAUUCUAAAAUCAAUUCAUUAUAAAAUCAGUUGAUAAUGAUGAUUUAUUAUUUAUACCCUGCCCAUCUAGGAGGCUUCCAGCAGAAUACUAUAAUACAAUGAUUCAUCAAAUAUUAAAAGCUUCCCUAAACAGGGCUGCCUUCAGAUGUCUUCUAAAUGUCAGAUAGUUGUUUUUCUCUUUGACAUCUGGUGGGAGGGCAUUCCACAGGGCGGGCGCCACUACCGAGAAGGCCCUCUGCCUGGUUCCCUGUAACUUGGCUUCUCGCAGUGAGGGAAUCGUCAGAAGGCCCUUGGAACUGGACUUCAGUGUCCAGCCUGAACGAUGAGGGUGGAGAUGCUUCUUCAGGUAUACAGGGCUGAGUUCCAAAGUGUUGGCACUGCGACACUAAAUAAUCAAUUUCAGAAUGUUGUUCGGGUUGAUGCUCCAGGUCUUUCCACACUGCCUAACAGAUUCAGUCUCCUCCUUUGCCUCGAUCUAGCUGGAGCCUUUCCAUGCUUCGCUGAUCCUUUUCCUGGGGAAAGCCUGGGAUGCUGUGGCCGACCCCGCCAUCGGAUUCCUGGUCAGCAGAAGCCCCCGCCGGAGGUGGGGCAAACUGAUCCCCUGGUGAGUGAGAGGGAAAAGGGGCAACCGGGUGGAUCUGUUGGUGUUUUGCAGGAAAGAUCAAGGGGCAGCCUGGUCAUAAAAGCUCGAGGCGCGUUAAGCCGGCCACUUCUCAUAGGACAGUGGAGUUGGAAGGGAUAAAAAAGAAAAAUUAAGCCUUUCUCAACCUAUGGGUCCCCAGAUGUUGUUGGACUACAACUCCCAUCACCCCUAGCUAGCAAGGCCAGAGCUCAGGGAUGAUGGGAGUUGUAGUCCAACAACAUCUGGGGACCCACAGGUUGAGAACCGCUAGUCCAUGUACUUCUGGACCAGAGAUUUACAGAAGAUUGGAAGGAGUAUAUGAAUUAUUUGAAGAGCAACUGUAACCAACAAAUUACGCUAGUAGGACUACAAGAAGUUUUUCAAGGAGAAAUAUAGGAAGUGUUACAAAAUAGGAAAAGAUAGAUAUUGGUUAUGAGUUUGAAAUGUAAUAGGGAAAAUAAGAAAUGCACUCUAAGAGAUUAGAUUGGAAAAUUUUCAGACAGGACUGAUGGAAGUCAAAAAAAUAGCCAUCUGUUUAAUUACUGUUGAAAAUGAUAUGUUAAAAAACUAAUAUUUUUUUAAUAAUUUUUAUAAUAUAUGAGAACCGCUAGUCCAUGGGUAGGCAAACUAAGGCCUGGGGGCUGGAUCCGGCCCAAUCGCCUUCUAAAUCCGGCCCGCAGAUGGUCCGGGAAUCAGCCUGUUUUUCCAUGAGUAGAAUGUGUUACGAUAUUGAAGCAAUGCAGCCGCGAGCUGCUGGUAGCUUGAAAGCAAAACAUAAUGGGAAUGUUGGGACUGUUCCGUGGGAAACAGAGGGACAGUCAAUUCACAGUGCAGAGGGCACCGGAAUUAGCUCAGAGUGUAAUAUGAGCUGUACAGGAAGUACAGGAGGAGUUUGUCUCUCGACUGCUGGAGCUUGAAGAGAGCAGUCAUGAUUUUUGUAACGCUGCAAAGACAGAAAUAAAGGAAUGUAAAUACGUUUCUGUCUAUCUCUCUCCCCUGCCCGGGGGGGCAACAAAGAGGGGGUGUGUUCUUCUCACGCUGAGAAGGAUCGCCUAUCGCGACCUAGCCUGUAUCCUGCUGGGGAAUGCAGACAGGGAGGUCAACAGGAGAUCAAGCCGGGUGCUUGGAGAGUGGCCAGUUUCCCCUGAUAAAGGCUUGAUUCCCAACAGAAUGUGUCCUUUUAUUUAAAAUGCAUCUCUGGGUUAUUUGUGGGGCAUAGGAAUUCGUUUAUUCCCCCCCAAAAGUAUAGUCUGGCCCCCCACAAGUUCUGAGGGACAGUGGACCGGCCCCCUGCUGAAAAAGUUUGCUGACCCCCGGUCUAGUCCAACCCCCAGCGAUGGGAAGCACGUAAUCCUUGGGAUAGCUCAGUCCAUAGAGCAUGAGACUCUGAAUCACAGGGUUGUGGGUUCGAGUCCCACACUGGGCAAAAGAUUCCUGAGUUGCAGGGGGUUGGACCAGAUGACCCUCACAGUCCCUUCUGGCUCUACAAGUCUGUGAUUCUAUGAGCUCAAAGGGCCAAAGUCGCCGCAUGCACACGCCUCAGGCACUAGCAGGGGAAGCUGCCUUAUACCGAGGCCCAUCUCUGCCAGUAUUGUCUACACUGGCUGGCAGCAGCUUCCGGGGGUUCCGGACAGGGAUCUCUCCUAGUCCUACCUGGGAUAGACGCGGAAAGAGCCUGGGACCUUCUGAGAAGAUGCUCUAGUGCUGAGCUCCAGCCCUUCCCUUAAGCCAGGGGUAGGCAAACUAAGGUCCGGGGGUCAGAUACGGCCCAAUCGCCUUCUAAAUUUGGCCCACAGACGGUCCAGGAAUCAGCGUGUUUCUACAUGAGUAGAAUGUGUCCUUUUAUUUAAAAUGCAUCUCUGGGUUAUUUGUGGGGCAUAGGAAUACAUUCAUAUUUCCCCCCCAAAAUAUAGUCCGGCCCCCCACAAGGUCUGAGGGACAGUGGACCGGCCCCCUGCUGAAAAAGUUUGCUGACCCCUGCCUUAAGCUAAGGGCGCUGAACCUUUUCGGCUCCAUGGGCCAAAUUUUGCAGGUAUGGAGGUUUUGCAAGUCUCCCCUCUUCCCCCUUUAUAUUUCCAACCUCGGAGAUUUAAAGGGGAAGAGAGAGGCGGUUGGCCAAUGGCAUUGUUAGUUUUUCCUUCCCCCCCCUUUUGAACCAGUUGAAGCUGAACCUUCAGGGAUGGAUCCUGGCAUGUUCCUGAUGUGGCCUGACGUUUGCGCCAGCGAUCAGAUCCCUGGUUUCACAUCCUGGUUCCGCAGCUCUACCUGUUGGACUCCUGCCUUUCCUGUGGCCCUUAAAGGCACAAGAGCCCUCUGGCAAACAAAGACUUCCACUUUGCCCACUCUUCCAUUGCCCACUCUUCCAAUAACUGUGACGAAUUCCCCAUUGCAGUGGAACCUCCAGAUACAGGGAUAGUCUACCUCUGAGCACCAGAAUUUUUUGCUGGGGUGGCACAGUCAAUGCAAUCCCGCUUCCUGCCUGGCGGCAUCCGGCCGGCUGCUCUUAGCAACGACAGCCCUGCAAGGCGGUCCUUACGCUCUCUUCUUCUCCUUGCAGGGUCGUCUGCUCCACGCCAUUUGGGGUCUUCUUCUACACUAUGCUCUGGUUCGUGCCCUCAGAUUCCCUCUCUGUGUCACUGAAGUUCUUUUGGUAUUUGGUCAUGUACUGCCUCUUCCAGACCUGCAUGAGUGUAAGCGCUUGUGCGUGGGACGGAUGGAUGAAUGAAUGUUCCCUUCAGCCAUUCAUGUAUUUAUUGAUGCUGAGGUUUAUAUAUAGACACGGCACGUCCUGCAGUUCAAGGUGGGCUUUGUAGACCAGGAGGGUAAAAGACAAAGACACACACACACAGACACACACACAACACACAGCGGGGAGUUUAAAAUGAAAGCCACAUUUUAAAAAAGCUACAAGUAGGCAUUGCUAAGAGCCCUGCUCACAACAUUGCAUUGAGGUUAAAUCCUGACAAGACAGAAGUGCUGUUUUUGGGGGACAGGGAGUGGGCAGGUGUGGGGAACUCCCUGGUCCUGAAUGGGGUAACUGUGCCCCUGAAGGACCAGGUGCACAGCCUGGGGGUCAUUUUGGACUCACAGCUGUCCAUGGAGGCGCAGGUCAAUUCUGUGUCUAGGGCAGCUGUUUACCAGCUCCAUCUGGUACGCAGGAUGAGACCCUCCCUGCCUGCGGACUGUCUCGCCAGAGUGGUGCAUGCUCUAGUUAUCUCCCGCUUGGACUACGGCAAUGCGCUCUACGUGGGGCUACCUUUGAAGGUGACCCGGAAACUACAACUAAUCCAGAAUGCGGCAGCUAGACUGGUGACUGGGAGUGGCCGCUGAGACCAUAUAACACCGGUCUUGAAAGACGCCCUACACUGGCUCCCAGUACAUUUCCAAGCACAAUUCAAAGUGUUAGCACUGACCUUUAAAGCCCUAAAUGGCCUCAGUCCAGUAUAUCUGAAGGAGCGUCUCCACCCCCAUCGUUCUGUCCGGACACUGAGGUCCAGCGCCGAGGGCCUUCUGGCGGUUCCCUCAUUGUGCGAAGUGAGGUUACAGGGAACCAGGCAGAGGGCCUUCUCGGUAGUGGCGCCCGCCCUGUGGAACAUUAAGCUUUAAUGUUUAAUUGGUUAUUGUAUUUUAGUGUUUUGUUGGAAGCUGCCCAGAUGGGCCGAGUAUAAAUAAAUUAUUAUUAUUAUUAUUAUUUCCACCCUGACAGAUUCCCUCCUUCACCUUUACCUCCUUUUAGUGCUACCACGUCCCUUAUUCCUCGCUGA